AUGGCCAGCGAGACGCCCAGAAUCGAUCCUCGAGAGAUAGCACAGAACGUUUGCCCGGUGUUCAGGCUCAUUGCGCAGGUGAAGUCGCAACCAACAGAGAACACGCUGGUGCUGAGCUCGCCGACGGAUGGCGGCGAAAUGGUAACGUUGACGAACGUGAGGGUUUCGUUGAACAAGCAGUUCGAGGCAGAAUCGUGGCACGAGUUUGUGUGUCGCUCCAGCGACAGCGGAGACGUGGAGUUUCUAGUGCUGGAUGCGGUGCCCUGUGUGCUGAAGGAGAACGAGCAGAUCAGCGUGGAUGGGAUCGUUGCGUUGCAGCAGCUCUGCAGGAAGUUCCCGGAGAUCUACUGA